AUGGGGGUGCACAAGAAAGGCGCGGACCCUGUCCUUAGAAGCAGAGAGAGCGUGCCUCUCACAGCCAAACCAAAAGCGCCCAGUCGAGCUCUGGAAAGGAAGCACGCCUCGAUCGCUUUCACGCGGACAAGAGUCCCUCAGCCACGCACCAAGCAAACCACCAUCUCUGCCUUCUUCGGCACCCAGACAGGUGAAAAAGACAAAGAAAACUCCAGGCCCUCUCCUUUCAUCCCGAAUAAAGACUGUAAAGAAAAAGGUAUUUCUUUGGCUGCUUCCCCCGUGAAGAUCUUGGCUUUGCCGCGGAUGGAGAAAGCCCAGACACAAUCCUUCAGAGCCGCGGAGGAGACGGCGGAGGUUACACCCCGGCGUCGUGCACAGAAAGCACCGGCCUCGCCGACUCCUUUGCCGGACUCUUCGUUGUUACAAGCGGAGUCCCACAGCACGAGUGAAGCCUCCUGUGGGGCGGGAGAGGAUUGCCGCUUCUUCAGCUUCACUCAGGAUUCAGAGGGCGACCGGAUCAUCGCUCACAGAAACGAGUCCCAUUUCUUUGCUGGAGAAACGCUUUCUGCAAGCGGCAGCGUAACGUCAGACCGCGGGAUAAACAAACGGGCGGGCCGGCCGCUCCCAGGGGAGGCCAAGACCGGACUUGAGUUCCAGCCAAGACUUGGUGCAAACCAGAACAAGGAACCACACCGCUCGAGUAGCGUUAAUUCUUUAUUUGAUUUCUCUGAGACCGAGAAUAUAAAUCCUACUGUAAUGAGAGGAUAUAAAGCUGCUGGCUUUUAUUCAUCUCCACAACGACCGGCUAGAGCGCAGCCUCUGAGAGAGCGCAGCCAGAACCCUGGUGCUGGUUCAGCCGAGGAGGGAUGGGGCAGUGAGAUGGGACCGAGCAGUCCCUGCAGGCAGCUGUUCACCCAGGAUUCGGAGGGGAACAGAGGGAUCGCUCACCGCUGCCAGAACGCCCCGUCUCCUCGCAAGGACGACGGCAGCUCUCGCGGGCAGCUGCCCGACGCCCCGUACAAGGGCCGUUCCAGCGAUGCUGCAAACAGGAGCUUGAGCGAACCGGGGGAGCUGUGGUUAGAUGUGUGCUAUGAUUUGCUGUUCACGCAGGAUUCGGAAGGGAACAGAGUGAUUAAACACUGAUAAGUGACCUUAA